AUGCUCCCAGUCCUCACCCUCACCCUCAUCCUCAUCCUCACCCUCACCCUCAUAGUCCUCACCCCCAUCCUCAUAGGCCUUGUCCUCAUUCUCCUGGUCCUCAUUCUCAUCCACUUUUACUCCUCCUCAGUGCUUGUACCACAUAAGGAAGUCUGCAAAAUCAUGUCUCCCAUCUCUUUUGCUUUUAUGUGGGCAGAGGAAGUGGUGCAGGACUUGGGAGGCAUACAGAGCAUCCUCCACAAUAUCAGUCCAUAUCACAUAGGGAAUGGUGAAGUUGUAAUGGAGUCUGUGGACUGCCAAUAUAUGUUGGAGGAUUCUGUUCCCCUGGAGGAUUAUUUGUAA